AUGAGUGAAGAAGAGUACUCGUCCGGUAGUGAACGCACUACUUACGAGGAGGACGAUGAGGACGAUGCCACAGGCUCUUCUGAAGAAAGUUUAUUCUCGUACACCAAACGCAAAAAGUUUGCAAGCGAGCCUACGACUCCUCUAAAGACUUUGGCAUCAAUCAAAAUAGAUGAUGAAAAAUGGCAUUCCUGCACGUUUCCAGGAUGUAGUAAGGCCUACAGGAAGCCGACUCGGCUUCGGGAGCAUGAACGUUCACAUACAGGAGAGGCAUAUCUCCGGGAAUCUCACCUCCAAGCUCAUAUGAGAACGCACAUGUCCUACGCUGAGAGGGCCCACGUAUGCGAAGAGUUACAGUGUGGCAAAAGAUUUUGGACAAGUACACAGUUAAAGUGCAUGCAAAGCGGAUGCGGAGAAUCUUUCGCUAAAAAUCACCAACUACAAAAUCAUUUUGUUCUGGUUCAUUGCCCCGCGGGCACCAAAAAAUAUCGCUGUGAAAAUGACAGUUGCAGAAAGUCGUUUGCCACUGCACAAAAGCUAAAGGCUCACAUGAAAACCUGGUCGUUGCUUCAGGCACACGUUCGAGAAAAGCAUCCCCCUUCUUGCUCUCAUCCAGGAUGCGAGGGGAAAACUUUCUCCUCUCAGAAGAAUUUGAAGGCCCAUCUUAAGGUGCAUGAAGAAAAAGCGAUACAGGAUACUCUGAUCGCCACCAUGCAGCCAGAUGAUCCCGAGAGAGAAUACCAGGAGGUCCUUAGACAAAACGAGGUAAAUAGGGAUUGGAAAUGUGAAUGGGAAGACUGUCCUAAGAGCUUUAAAUCAAAAAAGGCUAUGAAUGUCCACUAUAAUGUCACACAUCUCCAAAAGCGUGACUUUGUCUGUGAUGUGGCAGGCUGUGAGAAAGAAUUCGGAUACAAGCAUUUACUCCAGCGCCACAGCGCCAAAAUCCAUGGGAAACACACUUCUGAUCGUGAUCCGAUCGUCUCCAAUGAUAUUGGAAGGCUCAAGCCAGCCCCCACCGCUGCAGAAGAGAAAGCGGCCGAAAGGGGAUGUGACUUUAUCGAACAUCUCACCGGAAAACAGUAUCAGCGUCGUGGUGAAGAUCCAAAUAUAUUCGAUGAAGCUAGAAAGGGGGCGCAUUCACUCCAUGAUCACAAUAUACCCAAAGCGCGGAUCGCGCGAAGAGUGAUCCUUUGUCCAUGGCCAAGCUUCUUAUCUCUGAAUGUUGCCUCAGAAGAUGAUCACGCUGUACACGAGGGCACGGUAGUAGGUACGGAACUUAUCGCUUGUGGGGGCAUCUUCCAUAGAGCCUACGACUUGAGGAGGCAUCUUCGAGCCGACCAUGGGUUGGAACUAAGUAAAGAAGAACUGAAUGCUUGGCUGAAGGACAA